GAGGGCGAAAAAGAUUUCAGUAUGAGAUAUUCCCUAUCAGAAAGAUCUUAUUCAAGUGAGGAGAAUUCAAGUGAAGAGUCAAAUUACAGUUUGGUAGCCAGCAAGCAAAUGGUUGGCAUGUUUCUCUGUGUUUGGGUGAGAAGUGAUCUGAGACAGCAUGUCAGAGAUUUAAGAGUCUCUUGUGUUGGUCGAGGGCUAAUGGGCUACCUUGGCAACAAGGGCUCUAUUUCCAUCAGUAUGUCAUUCCAAGGUACAAGCUUCUGCUUUGUUUGCAGUCAUUUGGCCUCGGGAGAGAAGGGAUGUGAUAUGAUACGCAGGAAUUAUGAUGUCAUGGAGAUUAUAAAGAGGACCCACUUUCCACAAAUGGACAAGAUUUUAGGAAAGAAAACUUCAGAAAGCAUUUUGGAGCAUGACCGAGUAAUUUGGCUUGGGGAUUUGAACUAUCGCCUUGCACUUCAACAUGCAGACACUAAAAAACUUGUGGAGAAAAAUGACUGGGAAGCUCUGUUGCAUAAAGACCAGCUUCUAAUUGAAAAGAAAACAGGGAAUAUAUUCGAAGGAUGGAAUGAAGGCAAUAUAUAUUUCCCUCCUACUUACAAGUACUGCAAAAAUUCAGACCACUAUGCAGGAGAAAACAGUGUAUCAAGAACAAAAGGGAGGACACCAGCAUGGUGUGAUCGUAUUCUUUGGUAUGGAAAAGGCUUAAGACAGCUCUGUUAUGUAUGUGGAGAAUCAAAGAUCUCUGACCACCGUCCUGUAUACUCAAUUUUUAUGGCUGAGAUAAAAAUGCUAGACAAAAUAAAUUAAAAUAACUUUAAUGAGCCCAG